ACCAGUCGUUGACGGAAUUCGUACCGAGCAACAUCUUCCACGCCAGCUAAGCGCGGAUGGUUAUCCGUUGUGUUGUCCAAAAAAAUUGAAUUCGCGUUUGGUACAACAACAACUACAGCAUCAACAACACUAAAAUCGACACUUUGUUUUGGCCCACUACUUGGUCGACUAGCGUGUUUGUUCUCAAAGUGAAUUUGUGUGAUAGUGUUUGUGUGUUCCGUGUGUGAUAGUGUCUUUCAAGAAAUUAUCGACAUUGACGCACCAUGCGCACCGCAUCAUCUAUGAUGGCGCAGUCUAACUAGGUUAGCCGAACGACCGGAGGCAAUCGCCCGUGAAAACUGCUCGAAAACAAAAAAAAAAAAAAAAAAAAAAAGGAAGGAAAAAAAAAUUAUCAAAGACAAAAAACUACCCUGUAACAUGGGAAUUAGGCCGACUGUUGGCUCAGGCCAGUCUGCGAUGGCCACCGCUACGUUGCGAUACAUCAUCUUCUUGUCGGUGAUGAUGGGGGUAACAGGAGGACAACAGCUUCCAACGCCAAGAAAUCAUGACAACCUGAACGCAGCUGAAAUUCGAUUCGACCCAAGAGCCCUAAGCUGGAUGGAAUUUACCAAGCCUGAGCCAAGCUCUAGCCACGCAUUGCAACAGAAACACCAACAAUGGCUUCAGCCGCCGAUGCCCGUAAACAGCAACAGCCCGCGAAGAACGCCUGAACAGCAGUGGAACCCGCAUGGACAGCAUUGGCCAGGGCAUUUUGAUCAUUCGCAACAGCAUCAUCCGCUAUUAACUAAUCAUCCCGAUCGGAGUGCCGCACACCAGCAACCCUACCGGUCCGUGCAGCUUGCUGACGAGAUGCAGCGACGGCCAAAACAACAACAAGUGCCUCCUAUUCCAGCGAGGGAUGUGCCAAGUGGAUCGAUUUCUAGUGAACAGUGGCAUCGCGAAUUAGCCCAACCACCCAGGGAGCCCACCUAUCACCCGGGAGGGGCUUCGGCGUCAUCAACCGAGACGAGCGACAUCCUUUCCGACGUCCGAUCUGACGAGAUCCUCGAGGAGGAAUUUUACGAUAGUUCUGAAUUGUUUGAGGAGGACGAAACUGAACUGGAUUCAACGGGCGGCGAACAUUCGGCCAAAAGCAAAGCCGAAGAGGAAAUGCUAACAAGGCAAAAGGACGAGGAAGAUGCGACCAUGGAAAUACUGAGCGCUUUCACGUCAGGCUUAUCUAAUUUGCCCCGGCGCAACGAAGAAAGCGGUUCAGAUAAAGAGCAAGUGAGCGCCAAAACACCUGCAGCAUCCAUUCAACAGACGCCGACAUGGAAGCAGCUUUAUCCGCAACUAUUGGGACCAGCGACUCCACCGGGUAAACGGGUCAUCGUUACGGAAGAACAUCCCUCGUCUAAGCCUAAAGCGAUCGACAAUCACCGUGUUAGUUACGGGUUGACAGCUGCAUCGGUUUACGCGAGGAUCCAGCCUUCUCUGAGGCCUCGCAAUGGAACGGGCGGAUUGCGACAACGUGUCGUCCCUCGUCCUUACAAACGGCGGCCCAUUACAGUGAAAAGUACGACCACCGUGCCGGUGGAUAAGCAACAAGAACCACACGCGCAAGAUGUCGAAGAAGGCGAUGAAGAGGAGGAUGAAUUCGAUUUGAUUACAGAAGAAAUCGAGACUGAAAAUGAGCCUGCGAUUACGGAAAUCGAAGAAGAGGAACUCAAAGAAAUGGCAAACGAAACGCAACAGGAGAACGAGCCGAAGAUUGAAGCGCAAAGUGAGCCGGACAAGCUGUCGUCAAAGGAAAGCAUUCAAGUGAAUAUUGCGGCUAAUGAAACAGAGGCGAUCGGAGAAGAAGAAGAACCGAUCAAUGAAAAAUCGCAACCAGUUAUUCAGCUUAAAAACCCAACAUCCACGAUGGAAAAUGAAACAUUGAAAUCUAAACCAUCGUCGCCUGCAGCAGCCAGCGGACCGGCCGACAUCAAAUCGCUUUUGCGUAGCGCUGGGCCUCUGAGUUUGAGUGAAAUCCUACAACAAAAAGGCAUGAGCCUGGCCGACUUGCUAAAGGGUGGUACCCAAAUUGCUCCCGUUAUCGGCGUAACCACAUCUUCGCCCAUCGCUUCAAAUGCAGCUUCGCCAAAAAAUCAGGUGAAAGUAGAGCACGAUACUACGUCGACAGCGACCCCGAUUACUUCAACUCACACAACCACUGCGACACCGAUGGUUACGGAUGCACCGAUCCGGCCGGGCGUAAUGCCUUCGGUGAAACCCAUUAGUUUCCGAGAGUUGCUCGCAGCUAAAAAUGUCACACUGCAAGAGAUCAUUCAUCCCGAUAUGACUGUCAUCGGGACAGAAAAGCCGAUCGCGGCUGUUGGAGUAGGAGGAACGCUGAAGCCGGGAGUCAAACUGCCCAUUCCAUUCGCACCGGGAAGGGGCAAAGGUCUCGCCGGUCUAGUGGCUUCGACGGCCGCUCCAUCGGAGGAGCAACCAGCCGAGUCGAUGAACUCAAAAAGUACAACUACUCCACAACCGAGCAAGCCAAUGAAUUCGAAAUCAGUGAGCGAAUUGAAACCGUUGAUUUUUGGAGGCGGACGACCGUUAGAUGAAGACUCGGACGCCACAACAACCACUUCAACUACGACAAUAAGGACGACAUCACGACAGAUGGUGAUCCACUCUAAAAGACCUUACGUGGCGGGUAUGAACGUAGGGGAAUACGGCUCUCACUUGGGCAGAUCUUUUGAAGAAGAGGGAGAUAGCGAUGAAGACGGUAGCAACACACGUUCGAAAUCUUCUAACAAUUUAGUUGGAAGCUAUGGGAUGCAGAGACCGAUAGCUACGUCUCGACUGACACCGGCCCCUCCGCGUAAACAGCGGCCGGUUCUUAAUUUCAAUUACAACGCGUUAUCAGAGGAGGAAGAUGAAGAUGAGACGGGAACGACGACAACUUCUUCACCCAUUCUAACCCACUUCAACGAGGAUGAACUUAUUGAGAAUGAUCCCUAUUUCGAUCUGCCCGUCAGCGUUCGCAACGCCAUCAUUGUCAGUUCAACCAUCGGAGGUUUCUGUUUGGUCGUGUUCCUCGGCAUUUUGCUCGUUUUCCGGAUAAGGCAAAAGACACGCAUACGACUCCGUCAUCCAGCAGCGCUAUUGGGUUUGGGGGGGAUGACGGAUAUGACCGCAUCGAACGGCAGUGAUAGCAGUGGAAUAACGACGCCAACUUCGCACGCGGCCAGCAAAAGCGGCUACGCCAAACUGCCACGACGCAGUAGUUCCCUAUGGGGUACACUUCGCAGAUCGGUCAGACAAAUGGAGGUCCAUUAUUCGUAGGUAUUACUUUUUUUUUGUUUAAGUUUACCAGUUUGAAAAGAAAAAAAAAAAAAAAAAAAAAAAAAAAAAUGCCUUCUUCUGUAAAAAGAAGAGGCAACUGCCUAUUUAUCCACCAAAGUGGGGUGCUAGCUGGGUUCUAGAACUGCUCACCGGUGUGUGUGCCUUCGUGUGAAUGUGAAAUGUCCUGUAGUGCCUUGCUCAUUGACUUGUCUUUCUUCUUUUUUUAAUACACGAAACAUUAAGUGUUGGAA